AUGUUCCGGCCCGCGUCGAGAGCCCUCCUCCGCGCACCCAGCAGGGUCGCCGCACCGAGUCGCAUCCGAGUACCGACAACAACGAGCCGAUUGAUCAGCACCGCUCCGCCGGCGCAGAAGUCGAGGAGUUGGAGCAACUGGCUGGUGAGGCUGGGUCUGGCGGUCGGCGUGGUGUAUUACUACAACACAAGCAGCGUCUUUGCGGAGGAGCCAACCUUCUCUCUCCGACCUCAGCCCUUAGAAGAUGAGAACGCCCCUACCAUCGAAUCCAUCAGCUCCCAGAGGAAACAACGUCAACAGUCCGCGCCUGCUGCCUCCCAGCCCGCCGCCGUCGCAGAACCUCAGGCCGAGCAAUCUUCUGAUGGCUACGCUUCGCCAGAAGACCUGGAGCAGGAGGCGGAUCAGCAAGGCGCCUUCAAUCCCGAGACUGGCGAGAUCAACUGGGACUGCCCAUGCCUAGGCGGCAUGGCCCAUGGACCAUGUGGAGAGGAGUUCAAGGCGGCGUUUAGCUGCUUCGUCUACUCGACGGAAGAGCCCAAGGGAAUGGACUGCAUUGACAAGUUCAAGGCCAUGCAAGACUGCUUCCGCCAGCACCCUGACGUCUACGGCUCCGAGCUCGAAGAGGACGAAGUAGACGAGCAGCUGCAGGAGCACAUCGCCAGCACCUCUUCCGACGAGAAGUCAGCAUCAGACCCAACAGCAGUCCGCGACGCUGCCUCAGCCCGCCAGGUCGAUGCCUCCACGACCCCAUCCGAGAAACAGGCAGAGGCAAAGGAAGCCACGGAACAAGUCGAGAGCCAACAAUCUCAGCAGCAGGAGCUGAGCGAGAGCGAGAAACUGGUGCCCAAGGCUGAGAUCGAUACGGCAGAGCGGAAAACUGGCACCAAGAGCACCAAGACCGAGAAAUAA